GCGUGCACGCGUGCGCAGUGCGCGGGCGGGCCGUCGUGGGCGCCGCUCCCGGCAGCUGAGUGCCUGAAGGAGCCGGGUCCGCGGCGGCGCGGGUGCUCCGGGCGGAGGCCGCGUGUAAUGUUCAAGCCCAGAAAUGCCUUAUGUGGAUCGACAGAAUCGCAUUUGUGGUUUUCUAGACAUUGAAGAAAAUGAAAACAGUGGGAAAUUUCUUCGACGGUAUUUCAUCCUGGAUACCAGAGAAGACAGCUUCGUAUGGUACAUGGAUAAUCCACAGAACCUGCCUUCAGGAUCAUCACGGGUUGGAGCCAUUAAACUUACCUACAUUUCAAAGGUUAGUGAUGCAACUAAGUUAAGGCCAAAGGCAGAGUUCUGUUUUGUUAUGAAUGCGGGAAUGAGAAAAUACUUCCUACAAGCCAAUGAUCAGCAAGACUUAGUGGAGUGGGUAAAUGUCUUGAACAAAGCUAUAAAAAUUACAGUACCAAAGCAGUCAGACUCACAGCCGGCUUCUGACAGCCUGAGUCGCCAAGGUGACUGUGGCAAGAAGCAAGUGUCCUACAGAACUGAUAUUGUUGGUGGUGUUCCCAUCAUCACUCCAACUCAGAAAGAAGAAGUAAAUGAAUGUGGUGAAAUUGUUGACAGAAACAAUUUGAAACGGUCCCAAAGCCAUCUUCCCUACUUUGCUCCUAAACCACCACCAGACAGUGCAGUUAUCAAAGCUGGGUAUUGUGUGAAACAAGGAGCAGUGAUGAAAAACUGGAAGAGAAGAUACUUUCAAUUGGAUGAGAACACAAUAGGCUACUUCAAAUCUGAACUGGAAAAGGAACCUCUGCGGGUAAUACCACUUAAAGAAGUUCAUAAAGUCCAAGAAUGUAAGCAAAGUGACAUAAUGAUGAGGGACAACCUGUUUGAAAUUGUAACGACGUCUCGAACUUUUUAUGUGCAGGCUGAUAGCCCGGAAGAGAUGCACAGUUGGAUUAAAGCAGUCUCUGGCGCCAUUGUAGCACAGCGGGGACCUGGCAGAUCAGCAUCUUCUAUGCGGCAGGCCAGAAGGCUGUCGAACCCUUGUAUACAGAGGUAUACAUCAAGAGCUGGUGAAUGCAGCACGAGCAUUCCGGCUGUCCUUCAGAAUCCAAAUACCCUGUCCGUCCUGCCGGGGCAGCAGCAGCCACCUCACAUUCCGCAGCCUCUCGCAGCCACUCUCUGGUCUCAAGCUAUACCAUGGAGAAGCGAGGAUUUUACGAAUCUCUUGCCAAGGUCAAGCCAGGGAACUUCAAGGUCCAGACUGUCUCUCCAAGAGAACCAGCUUCCAAAGUGACUGAACAAGCUCUGCUUAGACCUCAAAGUAAAAAUGGCCCUCAGGGAAAAGAUGGUGAGCCAGUGGACUUAGAUGAUGCCAGCCUGCCAGUCAGUGAUGUGUAAGGUGGGAGCACAUGGGCUGCCUGCCCCUCUCAUCCCUCAGUGUCCUUUCAUGAGGCUUCUAGCCAAAGAUGAUAGAGGAUGGAUGGUUUCAGUGCGUGUAUUAUAUUGUUUCUUGGGUGUACUUUGUAAACUGGCAAACCAAGAAUCUAGGGAGUGGCCAAGUCAACGUAAUUUCUUUAAGAAAGGAAGGAAAAAAGAUGUGCCCAUACUGACUGUCCGAAGCUUUAUAUGUUUGGGUGGUAAAAAUGUGUGUGAUUUUUUUUUUCUAGUGACUUUGAAAUUUUAAAUAACUUAAAACAUUAAAAUUUCUUAUUAUUUUGAUCAUUUAAAAAUGCUAAUAUGACUCCCUGUGAAAUAUUUAAUAUUGACACGUUCAUAUCAGUUAACAUUAUCAAACGGGACAUCGCCAGACAAAAAUUCUUAAACUCAUGAUGUCUGUGGUGCUGCAAAAUUUAUAUUGUGAUAUGGACUAUUUAGAAAUUCUAGCCAUUUUUGAUAUCAGGUGAGUGGUAAAUUUUGCAUAAAAGAUUCCACUAGACUGAUAAUGCAGGUAGGGGUUGAAAUGGGGGCAGCAAAGGUGGAGGAUUAGAGCUCAGCUAUAGCGAAGAUUUUUUUUUUUUUUGGUGGGGACUUUUUUCUUUUUGAGACAGGGUUUCUUUGUGUAGCCAUGGCUGUCCUGGAACUUGUGAUCUUUCUGCCUCUCCUGCCUCCCAAAUUAUAGGCCUGUGUCUCACAGCCUGAGACACUUGUUUGAAACAGCUUAAGACUUACACCUAUCAGUAUUUUAUUUCAGUAAAAAUUAUUUGAUCAUAAAUUUUGGGAAGAUCUGAUUUUUUUUUUCCCAAGACAGUUUUUCUAUGUUGCCCUUGCUGUCCUGGAUCUCGCUCUGUAGACCAGGCUGGCCAAAAAUUCUCAGAGAUCCACUGCCCUCUGCCUCCUAAGUGCCAGGAUUAAAGGCGUGCACCACCCACAUCCAGCUUUUUUUUUUUUUUUUUUUUUUUUUGUAACUAGAUCUUAUUUCUGAAUUUGGAUCGGUGAAAGACAACAGUUCAUAUGUGAAGUCAUAACUGCCCUUAGUCGUGAAAUUGUUGUGGCCUCUACCUUUUCAUCAUUAAUAGCCUAUAUUCAAGUGCCUGUGUCUUCUCAUCUCAUUUAGGAUUGUGCUCCAAAGUCCUACAUGAUUGGCUUUAAAUGUUUGAAUAAAUUAAUUCAGUAGUAUAGUUUGAUAUGUUAAAUAAGAUACCAUUUUAUGUCAGAGACACCAGAAUGUUGGUGUUCUACUACCUGUGCAAUAUUUAUGUCUUGAAAAACAAAUUUGAGUAUGCAUUUAAUUGUGGGGAUAUCCUAAAUUAGAAGUACCUCUCUAAGGAACCCACAGUUUCUGGUGUUGAGUGAUAGACUGGUUUGAGCAAGUACUGUUUUGCAGCAAAGUUUUAAGUGUUUGCUUUUCCCAGGCUGCUGCUCCAUGGUAUUUACAGUUCCACACACUUCUGUUUUUGAGUCAUGGGUGUUAGUGUUUUGCCUUUUUAUGUUCUAAGACUACUUGUUGGAGGACGAGAAAAUUGCUACCAUGUGGGGCCUAGGGGUUAAGAUGUGUUAUUAAGUUGCCCAGCACAAGAACAUACCACUCACCUUUUGUAUUCAUAAGCUAAUAUGUUAGAGUUCUAUGUAGUUUUCUCUUUUGCAGCUGCAUUGGAAAACCAUAGGACAACAAGGUUUUUAAGCAGUUAGCACCCUUCUGCUGCCCUGUUCAUUACCCAGGCUCUUUUGGAAGUUCCUUUUUCAUGAACAUACCUAGGAACCCAUGUACAGACACUUGGCAGUACUGAUGAGCCUGGCGCUGUUUCCUUUGGUACAGCCUCCCCAGUGCACGUUCAUUUUAGCUUAUUUUGGUAUUGUUAAUUUGAUAUAUUUCAUGGUAGCAAAAUAUUAGCUCUAUUUUGAGACUUUUUAUAGAAUUACCCUUAUUCAAAAGUGUAGGAUAUGUUCUUGUGAUUGUCAGGGUCUCCUAAUAUUUAUCUCAAUUCUUUUAUAAGCUUACAGAAAUUAUUUAAUUAUUUUAAAACAUACUUUCCUGUAAAUAUGUCACAUCUGAAGUGUCAACAUUUACUUUGAAUACCGUAAUAUUUGCUGCAUUUUUUUCUGUGUGUAUAAUGUAUCUCUUUUCAGAACAGGAGUGUGCCUCCUGAUGUUUACUGUUACACCCGCUAUCUUUGUAUGUCCAAUUGGUUGAACACUGUAAUGACUUGAGAAUAAACUGCUCAGAAUUCAUUUUCACUUAA